CGCCCGCGCGCCCGCCGCUUCCAGUCGCUGGCCCGGCUUGGAGGCGCCCGGCGCCGUUGCUAUGGCGCCCGUUGCCGCGGUGACGAGAUGGCGGCUGCUGCUGGUGCUGAGCGCCGCUGGGCUCGGGGCCGUGGGCGCCCCGAAGCCCCCCAACAUCCUGCUCCUGCUCAUGGACGACAUGGGGUGGGGCGACCUGGGGGUAUAUGGAGAACCUUCCAGAGAGACCCCGAAUUUGGACCAGAUGGCCGCAGAAGGGAUGCUUUUCCCAAACUUCUACUCAGCCAACCCGCUGUGCUCGCCAUCGCGGGCAGCUCUGCUCACGGGACGCCUGCCCAUCCGCAGCGGCUUCUACACCACCAACGGGCACGCAAGAAACGCCUACACGCCGCAGGAGAUCGUGGGCGGCGUCCCAGACGAGGAGCACCUGCUGCCCGAGCUGCUGAAGGGGGCCGGCUACGCCAGCAAGAUUGUGGGCAAGUGGCAUCUGGGCCACAGGCCUCAGUUCCACCCCCUGAAGCAUGGAUUUGACGAGUGGUUUGGAUCCCCCAACUGUCACUUUGGACCUUAUGACAACAGGGCCAGGCCCAACAUCCCUGUGUACAGGGACUGGGAGAUGGUCGGCAGAUAUUAUGAGGAAUUUCCAAUCAAUCUGAAGACUGGGGAAGCCAACCUCACGCAGGUGUACUUGCAGGAAGCUCUGGACUUCAUGAAGAGGCAGCAGGCGGCUCAGCGCCCCUUCUUCCUCUACUGGGCCAUCGAUGCCACUCACGCACCUGUUUAUGCUUCUCGGCCCUUCUUGGGCACCAGCCGGCGGGGGCGGUACGGGGAUGCUGUCCGGGAGAUCGACGACAGUGUUGGGAAAAUCCUGAGGCUUCUUCGGGACCUGAGGAUCACAGAGAACACGUUUGUUUUCUUCACAUCUGACAACGGCGCUGCCCUCAUUUCUGCUCCUAAACAAGGUGGUAGCAACGGCCCCUUUCUGUGCGGGAAGCAGACCACAUUUGAAGGUGGGAUGCGGGAGCCUGCGAUUGCGUGGUGGCCUGGGAAAAUCCCUGCAGGCCAGGUGAGCCACCAGCUGGGCAGCGUCAUGGACCUCUUCACCACCAGCCUGUCCCUCGCAGGUCUGGCGCCGCCCAGUGACAGGGUGAUCGACGGCUUGGACCUGCUCCCCGCCAUGCUCUGGGGCCAGCUGACAGACAGGCCAAUAUUCUAUUACCGCGGCAACACGCUGAUGGCGGUCACCCUUGGCCAGUACAAGGCCCAUUUCUGGACCUGGACCAAUUCCUGGGAGGAGUUCAGACAGGGUGUUGAUUUCUGCCCUGGGCAGAAUGUCUCUGGAGUCACCACCCACACACAGGAGGAGCACACAAAGCUGCCCCUGAUCUUCCACCUGGGACGAGACCCGGGGGAGAAGUACCCCCUCAGCUUUGCCAGCCCCGAGUACCUGGAUGCCCUUCGCGGGGUCACCUUGGUCGUCCGGCAGCACCAGAAGACCUUGGUCCCUGGACAGCCCCAGCUCAACGUGUGCAACCAGGCCGUCAUGAACUGGGCGCCCCCAGGCUGUGAAAAGUUAGGGAAGUGCCUGACGCCCCCGGAGUCCAUCCCGGAGAAGUGCUCCUGGCCCCACUAAUACCUGCAGGCGGGAGGACUCUGCCUCAGGGCUCCCGCGCCGGAGGAGCCCCGCUGCCCUCUGCCCUGCCCACACCAGACACACCUCACCUGCCGCCAGCAGCAGGACCUGCAAGGCGCCACGUGGCCCAGACCUAGUCCUGGCCCGGCUGACCCUGCCAACGGUGACCCCCAGCCCCAGAGCUGAAUGCUGCCCUGCGGCCUCCCUCUGCCGGCCUCCAUCCCAGGAUCCAGAGGACGUGGCUGCGACCCGAGUCUCGCUGUCACAGUCGGCUGUGCCAAUCCUGUUUUGGCCCAUUGGCCCUAUGCAGAGGGUCCCCCUGCACCCCUCCAGGGUGGGGUUGUGAACGUGGAGGGGGAUCCUGACCGCAGCCAAGGAAGGCCCCCCUGGUCCAGGGGGGACCUUGCUCUUCCACCUUCCUCAAGGAUCCUGACCCCAGUACCCUGUGGGGCAAGGCGGUGCCUCGCAGCUGCCCCGCCGACCCUCCUCCCCUGGCUCGGGUGUGGCCUACCGCGAGGGGCCUGCGCAAGCGGGUGUAGACUGCCACCUCACCGCACCCUCCCCGCCCCUGCCCGAAGGCUUGCGUAGCCGCCUUCCGUAGAGGGGGCUUUUCACGUCUCUGCGGGGAUUGUGAUGCCGAAGCUGCACCGUUGUAAGACUUGGGAAAUUAUGAAGAAAAGUUUUAGAAUAAAGGAA